AUGCCUCCAAAAAGAGAGAAUGUUCAGCGAAGGACUCCUGUAGGAGACACCGUGGCCACAGAGCGAGAGCAGCCUCAGCGGUCGCGUAGAGGAGUGAGAACAAUAACAGGUUCAGACAACAGUGAUGCUCAGCCCCGAGCGUCACGUGCAAGUGCAGGGACUGUUAAUAAACCCAGGUGGACUCUCGACAGCACAGUGGAGGAAGUUCUGCUACAAGGAAAUCUUCCUCCGGCGAAUAUGAAGCUGAAAGACUUUCUUACCGAAUACCUUGAUGGCAUGGGUGUCGAGGAAGUGAAUAAGAAUGUCAGUAUGGAUGCGUUUGUCGUGGAGCCUGGUAUGUUCAUCACUGACAAUAGGCUGUUGAACGUCAUACUUGCGAUGUCGCCAUUCAAGGCAAUAGUAGAGGAAAUGAAAUACAGGGAAGCACAGAGGGAAGCACAGAGGGAAGCUGAGCACAAACUCAAAGAGACUGGUGUGUAUUCUCUCCGACAGUGGGACGUGUAUGAUAAAAAGGAACANAUAUGA